GGACUGCUCUAGUCUAAUCUUCAAAUUAAGUGGUAAAGGAUCCCGACACAAGAUUUUAAAACCUGGUGAAUAACGAUCUUAAUUUUUAUAACAAAAUUGGCUCUUCUAGGAGUUGGAUAGGGCAUCUUAAUUUCUCUACCUCAAUUAGAGAGGGCAUCCCAUGGUCAAAGAACCAAGCAGCAUUUACAAUGCCCUUAAAACCUCAGAAAGUAUUAUUAAAGUACUAGGCAUUAGAAGGAAUGAAAAACUGUUGCUAUCUGAGGAAUAAAAAUCUUUAAACUGUGGUUACUUUCUUAACACAAUGACUCUAACAUCUCGAAAUUUCUGCAUUAGGAAAGUAAGGAUCUAUUUCUAAUGUCUUAGGAAGAAAAAGAGAAAUGCCUCGCAAAUAAAGCUCAUCACUAUUACCCUCCAAGAUUCUAUUUAAGUAGUGCUAUUCUUCGUGAUCUUCAAAGAGGUCUCCAGGCAUCUCCCACUUAAUGCUACACAAUAUUCCUAAGGACCAGAUGGUAGGAAUUACUUUCCCCCUUAGUAGCAGGAGGAAAACAGAGGCUUUACAAACCCUUGGCAGCUCACGAUACUCACACAGACAGAGCCGUGCUAGCGCCUAGAUGCCUGAAUCUGGUUCCUUCCAGUUGCUAAUCUGUGAGCCCCCAGAAUAAACUUUUGACCAUAUUCAGACUUCACCACGAGUCAAGCCACUAAAUUUAAUGAGAGCUUUAAAUGUAAAGUAUUUGUGUUUAAUAAAAUAAAAAUAUGAUUCUGGAGCAUGUGCCCCAGCUCUGGUGAAACCGUGCCAGGCCAAGAAGCAAAACGGCAGCAAACGAUCAAGUGAAUCAGCACUUAGACACUGACUUGGAAUUCUAUUUACUCACAAGACCCCAACAGGACAUUAAAGUCAAUGCCUUGCUGUGUAUUUGUUCAAAUCGUUCUUAAAAUCUGAUGUCAAUAAAGUAAUCUCUUUUUGCUCAUUCUCACAAAUUCUGAGUACUUGGCCUUCAUAAAGCCUGAUAUGACAGGUAGCUGAAUUACGAACUGUCACAUUGCCGACACCUGUCUUUGGAGCUGCUUUUAUAAAUUAUUAAAAUUUCAGAGAAAAUGGCAGUUCAUUUCUCCAUCGGCCAGGAAGGACGUGUUGAGGUAGGCAUACCGGUCAAGGACAGUAACUACCAUGGCUUCUGGCACUUUGGCGAAACCUCAGAUGUGUGGCCUCCUGGCCAGACGUCUGCGGAUUCAUAUUGUUGGAGCAUUCAUAGUAUCCCUGGGAGUUGCAACCUUGUAUAAGUUUGGUGUGGCUGAACCAAGAAAGAAGGCAUAUGCAGAUUUCUACAGAAAUUAUGAUUCUGUGAAAGAUUUUGAGGAGAUGAGGAAGGCUGGCAUCUUUCAGAGUGCAAAGUGAAUUUGGAACAUAAAAGAAUUUCUUGACCUGUGUUCCUGAGCUAUGAAUAUGUAGGCUGACGAGUGGUUUCUCUUGAUAAAUAAACCAUUAAUAAAUACUGUGAAAAAAAAAUUUCAGAGAAAAUGAGCAGGUAGGUCUAAACAUGAACAGAGCUAACAAAUUGUAUUUAAUUCAUAUCCAUUGAAUCUUCAUAUUGCUAGUAACUCUUUUGGCAGACACCCAUGAAAUGCAUAAUAAAUUGCUUUUGUUCCAGUAAAGGAAUUCGUUUUCUUCGAAGAUUCAUUUAGCAGUAACCUUUCAGAGCAUUGUAAACCAGAUUUCUUAAAUUUGGCCUUGUUUUCCCGUAACAUUAUUUAAUGUUUUUUGACAAUUUUGUAUAUUCUUAUAGAGGUGGGGGGGGAUUGCAAAAAAAAUCUGUAAUUUGCAAAGAGAAGUUGUGUUCUGGGAUGGGGCCGUAUGAAAUGGUCUUUGGAGGCCAACACGCUUCUGCUUACACUUAUUCUUUACCCAGUGCUCAGAUAGCCGGAGGGCUAUCAGAUUGUCAAUAAUGAGUCACUUAUUAAUAAACCACAGUUCUAUGAUAAAUUGGGUGGAUGUAAAUGUUACAAACUAUUUCAAGAGCAAUAUAGUUUUACUGUUUCCUAUUAUACAUACAAAAGCAUUGGAUAGUAAUGUAGCAUAAUGUAUUUUCUAACUACCCCUUAACCAUUCCCCCUUCUCUUUCUCUCUCUCUCUCUCUCUGACUC